CAUGAUCUCUCUGGAAAUCAUCUUAACUUAUCCACCUCGUAGUUGUACUGAUACAAUUAUAGAAGAUACCGAAGCUUAUUUCUAGAGGAUGGAGGAGCAAAGGAUCAAACUUCUCGAUGAUGUGAUGAUAGAUAUAUUGAAGCGAUUGCCAGCAAAAUCACUAAUAAGAUUUAAGUGUGUAUCUAAAAUUUGGUACUCAUUGAUAAAUACCCCUGAUUUCAUCUAUAUCCAUUACAAUUAUGAUUCUCCCUCACAUCAAUUCAUAUUUCUUAAGCGCUAUCUCAAAAUUGAGGAAAGUACCGAGUCCAUUUAUUAUAAUGGUAAACAUAUGUUAUCCUUCCAUUCAAAUGAUGAAUCAUUCAAAUCUAUAGCACCAAGUAUAGAAUACUUGGAUAAUUAUAUAGGUGUCAACAUUGCAGGUCCCUGUAAUGGCAUAGUCUGCAUUGCUAGUUACAGGGGCAUUGUUUUAUUUAACCCAACGUUAAGAGAAUUUUGGGAACUCCCUCCUAGCAUUCUUCCUACCCACACAAACUCAUCUCCUAGUAAAGAUCUUAUCUACUGGAUGGACAUGACCAUGGGAAUCGGGUUUGACACUGACACUAACGAUUAUAAGGUCGUUAGAAUCCUAUAUCCCGCUGAUGAAUAUGAAUUUGAGGAUUAUGAUAAUCAUGAUGAGUAUGUUAGUAAGGUAGAAGUCUACAGUCUAAGCACAAAUUGUUGGAGAAAACUUGAGGAUCUAGAAUGCAUAAUAGAAUCCUUACGUUGUUGUCACGUAUUAUUUAAUAGAGCCUAUCAUUGGAAUGCAUAUCUAAAGUCAGCUGGUAGUUGCAUCAUCUCUUUCAAUUUUAGUACUGAGUCAUUUCAAAAACAUCCAUAUCCUGAGGGCGCAGCAAAUACAAGAAGAGCGAGCCUCUUCGUCUUGAAUCAAACUCUAGCUAUGAUUUGUUUUUCCGAAGACUAUCCUCCAGAUGUGUUAGUUCUCCAAUCUAUUGACAUAUGGGUAAUGAAGAAAUAUUGCGUGAGAGAGUCCUGGAUAAAGGAAUUUACUAUUGGACCACUACUCAUAAAGGCACCUUUGUCAGUUUGGAAGAAUGACACGGAACUAAUGAUAGAAUGCGAGGAAGGAAAACUUGUGUCUUGUAACCUCCUUUCCCAAGAAAUGAAGGACCUUCAUAUGUCUAGUGUUCCCGACACAUUGGAAGGGUUUGUUUGCAAACAGAGUUUGAUUUCCAUCAAGAAAAGAGAGACAAGCGAUCCUUACCUAUUCUGAAACCAUUGUCAUCCAUGUCAUAUUUAUUAUUUUUGCUAAUGAGUCAUAGUCUUGAAGGGAUUCAAUCUGUUAAUGUCUUAUAAGAAUUAUAUAAUUAA